AUGACCUUGAACUUGACCGCGACCGUGACACUCAUCAACGUUGGCAUGCUGCUGACGUUUGUCCUGUUGCUGGUUGGAUCCGUACUGGGGGAGAAACACGGAGUGCGGAAACCGGACUGGGACGAGUACAAGGAUGGCAAUAUGGCGGAAAAACGUAGAAAUAUUGAAAAGCUCAACAAUGAAGCUUCAGUAACUGGAUUAACUUAUACAUUGGAAGUAAACAGAUUCGCCGAUAUGAUGCAAGAGGAACUAAACACGAUGUACGGUUACUACGUGCCCGAGGAAGAAACAAGACGGCACAGUGAUGUAUACGUUGCCUCAAAGAAUUCAAAAUUUCCACACGAAGUUGAUUGGAGGGACAAAGGAGCCGUUACGGAAGUAGCCAAUCAGGGCAUGUGCGGGUCGUGCUGGGCGUUCGCUGCCAAUGGCGCCCUAGAAGGUCGGCGUUUCUUGAAGAUUGGAAAGUUAGUCACCUUGUCCGCGCAGAACCUUAUUGACUGUUCCACCAAAGAAGCUACUGUCGAUUUGCUGGGGGAGGUACGCGUUGUCUCAGCUGUCGAUCAAGAUGAUCCCAGAGAUGCUCUGUGGGAUUCAUGUCUGGAGAACAUGAUGGCCAAGGCAAUACGUUGA